GUAUAUUUUAUUUGACAUCGGUUACACAAGUUGCAUAAGACAUCAUAUUGCGCGAUGUGCCGUCGUAUCUUUGUCUUAAAAAUGUGAAUCCUCCGCUUCCUAGACUACCUAAUCUCGACGUUGUGAGAACGUCGAGAAAAAUACGUGUCAACCGCUCGUUUUCCAACGCAAAAUAGCAAACCGUCUCAAUUCGAGCCGAGAGUGUCUCGCUCUACCUCUCGAUUUCCCUUCAUCCGGCCACUGUCGAUGUCUUGACGCGAGAUACGUAACGCACGAUGUGGCGAGUAUGGCCUUUAAGACGCGACUGCACGCGACUAAGAAGCAAGUAAGAACAAGAAGGCGAAAUGCGAGCAAUAGAGACGCGGUCAAUAGUUCCGCAGGUCGUACAUACACCUGUCUGUCGCGAGGUUGCGGACGACAGUAGGAAGGGGUUAUGGUCAAUAAACGCAACCACGUCACACGCAGCCUAUCGGCGUCGGCGGCGGCGGCGGCAGCGACGACGACCCCGCUUAGCCCCUUAAAGUGGCUCCUCCGUCUCGAAAAUCUUACGUGUCGUAUGGCGAUACCCGCCUUUGUGCGUCUGUUUCGCGGAAUAAACUGGGUAAGAGCCGCGCGGAUCGACGUGGGACGCGAACCGGCGAACGCGGCACUCGUCGAGGAAUCCGCGGAUGGGUGUCGCAGACCCGUGGCCGGCCGAUCUCUCGCCAAGAUGCCUGAUAGACUCGAGUUUCUCGAAUUGUAGCACACAUGAAUUAAAGAAAGAGUACUGUUAAAGUGGCGAGGAAAUUGGAGAAAUAAGCUAUAUUCAUGAUUGGAAUAUUUAUUCUAUUUUAUUAAUUUUAGACCAUUUUAAAUAUUAUAAUUUUACUCUGAAAAUGACAAAGCACUCGAGGGACAGAAUCAAUGUUAUUUGUGUCAUGUAUUAAGCUUUGAGGCUGGAAAAGAAUCUUGCCCCGAGACAGUAAAGGAAAUGCGAAAUUAUAGAUGUCAGAGACAGGGGAGGAACGUGCUGUUAGACUAUAUACGGCUGCGGAGAUAAUGAAAAACGCCAGAGCCAAGGAAACUGAGGAACAGGCGGCAUUAAGGAGAAUGCAGGAGGCUCAACGAAUGGCCAGGCAUCGUGCCAAGAAAAAGCGUUGCCUGGACGAGAAUCUCGCGAGGGAGAUUUCCAAGAUCGCCGAGUUAUCCAAGAUGCCCGUUCCUGAUUCCACUACAAUAGCCCAGAUGUCUGAGAUGAAUAUGAAUAAAAUAUCCGCGGAAUUGAAGCAAAUGAUGGAGAGGGGAAAAGUACCUGAGCAUAUAGUUCAAAUGGCUCAAAUCGCGGAGUUUAAUAAAAUGAAUUCUGAAUUGAACAAGAUGUCUCAGGACAUGGCGAAGAGAUAUGAAAUGGAGAAGAUGGCAGAAUAUGCCAAGACUACGGAAUACAUGAAGAUGCAGGAGAUCGCCAAGAUGAACGAGAUGGUGAAACUUUCCGAGAUGGCCAAGUAUAACGACAUCACCAAGAUCAAUGAAAUGGCAAAGAUGAACGAGAUGAUGAAGAUAUCUCAGAUGGCCAAGAUCAACGAGGUGCAAAGGAUGAACGAGAUAGCGAAGCUGAACGAGAUGGUGAAAAUGACAGAGAUAGCAAAGUACAAUAACGAUAUCACAAAACUGACGGAAUUCGCGCAGAUUAAUGAGAUGGCGAAAGAGAUCGCGAAGAUGAACGAGAAGACGAAGAUGAAUGAGAUGAUGAAGAUGGCAAAUAUACAAAACGAUAUCGUCAAGAUGGAAAGACCGGAAUACCAGAAUGUCAAAAUGACAAAUGAGAUGGUGAAACUGAACGAGCUGGCCAAAAUGAACGAGAUAACGAUUACGAAGCUGAACGAUCCGCCAAAGGUACCGGAGAUUUCGUCACUACCACCGCCACCGCGUAUCCCCGAACCUGUGAUCACCGUGCCAAACCCGAGGAAUUUGCAAAAUGUGCAGACCGUACAAGUGGCACAGGCCAGCCCGUCCAGCAUGAUCAACUACCAGACCGUGCCCGGCCAGAACAAUUAUGGCAAGUUAUUGAAUAUCAUUGAGGAGCUCGGCAGAGACAUCCGUCUGUCGUACGCGGGCAGCCGCAGUGCCGCCGAGAGGCUGAAGAAUGGCAUUCAGCAGGCUAGGAUCGCCGUACGGGAUUGCUUGCACGAGACGCAGCACAAUGCGCAACAAUGAUCUGCCGACAUGAGUUAGAUAGCGAUUAGAUUACUUGUAGCUUUUUAUCAUUUCAUGAGACGUUGCUUUGUACGAAUUGCUUAAAUUCGAACUGCGGUAUUAACACGACGUGAUAUAUACAGUAGCGGACGUACAUGCAUAGAUCGAGCAUUUUGUUUCUAGAGAAAACAAACCUAGACUGCUAUCCUUUCAUUACAUACGCGAUAUGUAUGGUCUCUUUUUCAGAAAACGUGAUAGUGUCUCGGCACUAAGCAAGCGCAGCGAUUCGAUCUCGAUUUCUCAGCUCGGUUCCUGCACGUACGUCAUUCGAACAAUGGCUGACAGUUUCCUAUUUUUAAGUUACAAUUUAGUACAUAGAAAUGGGAGGGAUGGUACCAAUUUGUAUACACACACUGUACUACUUAGAGAAUAUUAGAGUCUUAGUUUAUAUUUUAUAAAAAAGAAAACGCAAAAAAACGGUUAUAUCAUGAUUUUUGUUAAAACUCGCAUAUGCUGCAAAUUUUUAGUAUACGUUUCGAGUGAGAAAAAGAAAAGAAUGCAAAGUAAAAGCUUUUCAAAUAUGUACCUAAUGGAAAGUAUAAUCCCGUAAAUAUUUCCCAUAAUAUAUCGUUAAAUAAAUAAAAAUUUUGUAUACAA